AUUUCAACCAAUCGGCAGAUUAACGAGAGCGUGUGCAUGCGGCCGACAUUUUGGAAAUUUAGAGACGACUAAAAUAAAAGAAAUCAAGAAUGUCUGAAGAACAGAAUUACGAUCAAAGUGGGCAAAACGAAGAAGCAAUGGAUGCACAACAGGCGGAACAUGGUGCAGGUGAUGGAGCAGCAAACGGUGAUGGUGGACAAGGCGAAAGUGAUGACGACAGGUAUCGGAAGUUAUUUGUUGGAGGUUUAAGCUGGGAAACUAAAGAAUCUGAUUUACAAGAAUAUAUGUCAAAAUAUGGGAAAGUGGUUAGUUGUAAUUUAAAGAAAGAUCUUGAAACCAAUCGGUCAAGAGGAUUUGGUUUUGUAGUAUUCGAGGAAUCAGACUCAUUAGAAAAGGUUUUAGCUGAAAAAGAACACAAACUUCAGGGAAAAACUAUAGACCCUAAAAGAGCAAAUCCAAAAGGUAAAUGGCAGGAACCACCAAUUAAGAAAAUCUAUGUAGCCAAAGUCAGCCCAACCACAACAGAGGACCAAAUAAAAGAAUACUUUUCACAGUGGGGAAAGGUUGAGAAAAUAGAGGCACCUUUUGACAAGGAAAAGGAAACAAGACGGAACUUUGUAUUUGUUGAAUUUGAUACAGAAGAGACUGUUAAUAAAGUGUUGAAUCACACAACAGAAAAUCCAGAUUUCCAACACAAAAUUGGUUCUGAUGAGAUUGAGAUAAAGAAAGCAACACCAGGAAAUCGUGGUAGAGGACGUGGUGGUUUUGGUGACAGAGGUGGCCGUGGAGGACGCGGACGUGGCGGUUAUGGUGGAUAUGGAGGAUGGAAUGACUAUAACCAAGGUUAUGGUGGGUAUGGAAAUGGUUAUGGAGGUUACGGAAACUAUGGUUAUGGUGGAUAUGGCUAUGGCGGAUAUGAUCCUAACUACGGGUAUGGAGGUGGAUGGGGAGGUUACGAUCAGAGUGGAUAUUACGCCGGCUAUGGUGGUUAUGGAGGUGGUGGUGGUGGCUAUGACUACAGUGGAGGCUGGGGUGGAUAUGACCAAUCUGUCAAUGCUGAACAAUGGUCCAAUACUAAGUUGAAUGAAAACAAUGUAAUUCAUGGUGAGAUAUUGCCCGUUACUUCAGGUCAACAAGCUGGUGGUGGAUACGGAAAGGCACCUAAAAGUAACAGAGGUGGGUCAAACAGCGGAUACAGACCUUACUAGUCUUUAACUUCAGAUGCAAGCAAAUUCCUUGAUGUAAAUAGGCCGAUUCAUCAUCGUCAUCAUCAUUGUUGUCAUCCAUUGUCUCAUGUUACGCACUUGCUAAAACAACAGACAAAAUAGACUUUAUCAGUGAUCUUAUUCUUACAUGCCAUCAAAUUUGUUUUUAUAAAAUGUCGUCUCUUAUUGUAUAAUUAUGGAAAAAAAUAAACAGCUAGUGUUUUUUAAAAAUU